CACCUGCCCCUUGCUCGUGGGCAGGGCGAGGCCGCGGUCCCGCCGCCACCAUGUCGGACUACGAGAACGAGGACGAGUGCUGGACCGCCCUGGAGAGCUUCCGCGUGAAACUCAUCUCCGUCAUCGACCCAGCACGCAUCACGCCCUACCUGCGCCAGUGCAAGGUGCUGCACCCGGACGACGAGGAGCAGGUGCUCAGCGACCCCAGCCUGGUCAUCCGCAAGCGCAAAGUGGGGGUCCUGCUGGACAUCCUGCAGCGCACGGGCCACAAGGGCUACGUGGCCUUCCUGGAGAGCCUGGAGCUCUACUACCCCCAGCUGUACAGGAAGGUCACGGGCAAGGAGCCGGCCCGCGUCUUCUCCAUGAUCAUCGACGCCUCUGGGGAGUCCGGCCUAACGCAGCUGCUGAUGAGCGAGGUGCAGAAGCUGCAGAAGAAGGUGCAGGACCUGACGGCGCUGCUGAGCGCCAAGGACGACUUCAUCAAGGAGCUGCGGCUCAAGGACAGCCUGCUGCGCAAGCACCAGGAGCGCGUGCGCCGGCUCAAGGAGGAGGCCGAGGGGGGUGCCCGCGAGCUCAAGCGCUGCAAGGACGAGAACUACGAGCUGGCCCUGCGCCUGGCGCGCCUCAGCGAGGAGAAGGGCGCCGCGCUCAUGCGCAACCGCGACCUGCAGCUGGAGGUGGACAGGCUCCAGCACAGCCUGAUGAAGGCGGAGGAUGACUGCAAGGUGGAGCGGAAGCGCACGCUGAAGCUGCGGCACGCCAUGGAGCAGUGGCCCAGCCAGGAGCUGCUCUGGGAGCUGCAGCAGGAGAAGGCGCUGCUGCAGGCCCGUGUGCAAGAGCUGGAGGCCGCCGCCCAGGAUGGGAAGCAGGACAAAAGCAGCACCUACAUCCAGGUGCUGGAGGAGGACUGGAGGCAAGCGCUGCGCGCGCACCAGGACCAGGCCAGCACCAUCUUCUCUCUGCGCAAAGACCUGCGCCAGGCUGAGGCCCAGCGAGUCCGGAGCGUGGAGGAGAAGGAGAUGUUUGAGCUGCAGUGCCGGUCGCUGCGCAAAGACUCCAAGAUGUACAAGGAGCGCAUGGAGGCCGUGCUGCAGCAGAUGGAGGAGGUGGCCAUCGAGAGGGACCAGGCCAUUGCGACGCGGGAGGCGCUGCACACGCAGCACGCGCAGGGCCUGCAGGAGAAGGACGGGCUUCGGAAGCGGGUGCGUGAGCUGAGCGAGAAGGCCGACGAGUUGCAGCUCCAGCUGUUCCAGAGGGAGGGCCAGCUGCUGGCCGCCGAGGGCCGGCUGAAGCAACAGCAGCUGGACGUGCUUGUCCUGAGCUCCGACCUGGAGGACAGCUCCCCCCGCAGCUCCCAGGAGCUCUCGCUGCCCCAGGCCCUGGAGGAGGAAGUCCAGCUCUCGGACACAGGGUCUACUGGGCCGAGGCCCCCAGGAGCUGGGGGUGCUGACAGCAGGACUCUGCAUGCAGGUAGCCAGGCGGAGACCCAGAGCCUGGAGAAGGAGCCUCACUCACUGACCCCAAACCUGGGUGGCCGCGGCCUGAGUCUCACACCCUCCAGGACACAGGCCUGAGCGGCGGGGAGCCCCCGGAGAAGGAGCGGCGGCGCCUCAAGGAGAGCUUCGAGAACUAC